UGAUUGUUUUACAGUUAUAUUCAGUAAAAAAUGUUUUACAUUUCAAAAUUUUGUCGGAUAUGUGUUCAACCAGAAAAAAACUUGAUAGACCUUAACACAGAAGAUUUCGAUAAAAUUAAAUUGAGCGAAAAAUUGGAGACUUGCACGAAAAUGGUUGUUACCAAAGAGAGUAUUUCUUCCGAAAUUUGCGUAGACUGUCUUUCGAAACUUCGUACUUCCUACCAUUUCCUUAACAUGUGCAAGAAAUCAACAAAAAAACUUUAUGGUUAUUACAAGACACUCCUAUCUAAGGAUGGUAAAGAAGAAGACUUGAAUCAGUUUAUUAACACAGAAUUGCACGUUGAAGUUACUCCAAUAAGGACCGCAAACAAAGAAUCUUGGAGCGACAAUUACACGCCUAGUGUACGAGAAAAGCGUAAAAGAAUUACCAAGGAACAACGUUGUUCUUUGUUAAAACGUUUACUUACGAAUCCGGAACAAUGUAAAAAAGAACGUAAAACCACCACAAACGAUACCUUCGUUGGAGGUUUAAAGGACAUAAUUGAUUUUACCAAAAAUUACGAAUUUGGUGAAGUUCUAGAUAAGAACUCGUAUUACGAUCCAACUGCCCUAGAUAAACUAAAAGUAUUCUCUGUUAAUUUUUUUAAAAGAGACUUUUCCGAUUUCAAUAAUACAAUAUUAUACAUUAUAGAAAAUAAGGAUAAUUUAUUAGAAUACGGAGAUAGUGAAGAGGAAGAAUUUUUCAACGAAGAUCCCGAACUGAAAGAAUCGAAUAAAAAUAUAGUAAAAGUCGAGGAAGUUAUCAUAGAGCCAGAUAUUAAAAUCAAAACCGAAUUCGAAUAUGACGAAGGGACAUCUUUAGACAAUAGUUAUUACGAUGUAGACGAUCUUCCGUGCAAAACAGAAAUUAAAGAAGAGCUCGAAUGCAGCGAUGAACCGAGUAAUAAUUCCAGUACAAAUUACGAUUACCCAAUUACUCCCCCGGCAAUAAGUGAAAAAGUUAAUUCAAUAGCCUCGUUAAACAAUUUUGUUGGCAAUUACCAGCACAAAAGGACGUUCUCCCCGAGCAAUGUGAGAUGCAGGACCAGAGAGAGUCCUUACAUUAAUCCUCGAUUACAGCAACAGUUUUUAUACAGGAGUUUUAUGUGCGACAAGUGCAGCAGGUAUUUUAAAAGUCCUGGAUAUCUGAAGGCUCAUUACUCGAAAAUUCAUUUGUUUGAAAAUACAGAAUAAUUUAUUUUUUGUAUAUUUUCGUAUUGUCUAAUUAUUCUGUUUUGAUGUAAAUAAUUUGCUAUUGCCAAAAUGUGUUAAACAAAUUUAUGGAAAAUUAAGAUUUUUAGUUAUUUUUUUAGCCAGUGUUUUGUUUCUGGACUGGCC